AUGUUUCGCUCUGCAGUGUCUCUCUGCCUGCUCGCCCUCGCACCCUCGGCACUGUCUCUGCCACAGCAACACCCAUCGAACCGUACCGCGCCACCUUCAUGCCGGUACCUGCCCCAGGACCGUGAGUGGCCGUCGCCUGCGUCAUGGAGCCGGCUCAACACGACCGUCCAGGGCCGCCUGAUCCCCGGCGAGCCCCUGGCGCACGUCUGCCACGGCGCCGACUACGACGAGGUGGCCUGCGCUGACCUCGCCGGCCGCUGGACGGAACAGGCCCCGUACUUCUCCGACCCGGUCAGCGUCAUGUCGCCGUUCUGGGCCAACAACUCGUGCACGCCCUUCACCGGCCCUUCCGCGCCCUGCCUGCUCGGUAACUACGCCUCGUAUGCCAUCAACGUCAGCGGAGCCGCCGACGUCGUCGCCGGCUUGCAAUUCGCCAAGGAGCGCAACGUCCGCGUGCAGGUCAAGAACACCGGGCACGACUAUCUCGGCCGCUCGACCGGCCAGGGCUCGCUCGCGCUAUGGACGCACAACCUCAAGUCCAUCAGCUUCCUCAACUACACCAGCGCGCGGUACACCGGCCCCGCGGUGAAGCUCGGCGCCGGCGUGCAGGCGUUCGAGGCAUACCCGGCGGCCGCGGCGCGCGGCCUGCGGGUCGUCGGCGGGUACUGCCCGACCGUGGGCAUCGCCGGCGGGUACUUCCAGGGCGCCGGGCACGGGCCGCUGCUGGGCACGUACGGCCUCGCGGCGGACAAUACCCUUGAAGUGGAGGUGGUGACGGUGGACGGGAAGCACCUGGUGGCGAGCCCGACGCGCAACGCGGACCUGUUCUGGGCGCUCAACGGCGGCGGCGGCGGCACCUACGGCGUGGUGCUGUCCGUGACCACGCGCGCGCACCGCGACGGGCCCGUCGCCGGCGCCUCGCUCACCGUGAGCGCCGGCAACGACACGGAGGCGUUCUGGGGCGUGGUGGCCGCCUGGCACCGCCACCUGCUCCGCCUGGACGCGCUGCCCGGCUUCACCAGCGUCUACCACAUCUCCGACGCCGUCUUCCAGCUCAGCCAGGUGACCUACGCGGACCGCGGGGCCGACGACGUGCGCGCCGCGCUGGACCCGUUCCUGAAGGAGGUCGCGACGCUCGGGUUCAACUACACGCUGGAGACCAACGCGCAGCCGAGCUACCUCGCGCACUACGAACGGUAUAACCCGAAGCUGCCGUACGGGUCGUACUUCAACAACGAGACCAUCGGCGGGCGCCUGGUCAGCCGCGACGCGGUGCGGCGGAACCUGCCGCAGGUGGUGGCGGCGAUACGGGGAAUCGCGAGCGCGGCGCGCGGGACCUUCGUCAACGGCGUCGCCGGCAACGCCAACCGCGGGCGUGCACCGGGCGAGACCGUCAACGCGGUGCUGCCGGCAUGGCGCGACGCGCUGUACCACCUGAUCAUCGAGGAGGUGUACCCGGGGGACGCGCCGACCGGGCGGCUGGUGGCGGCGCAGGCGGACAUGAACGCGCACCAGGAGCUGCUGCGGACGGCGACGCCGGCGGGCAGCGGCGCGUAUAUAAACGAGGCGACGUUUGAUAAUCCGCAAUGGAAGGAGGACUAUUUCGGGGCGAAUUAUGACAAGCUGCUGCGGGUGAAGAAGAGGUACGACGCGCAGGGCGUUCUUUACGGCCCGGCGUCGGUGGGCAGCGACGCCUGGGUCCGGCGAUCGGACGGAAGGCUGUGCAGAAAGUAG